UUAGUAGUUCUGGUAAGUGCCGUAGUUGCCGUAGUUGCCGUAGUUGCCGUAGUCCCCGUAGCCGGCGGGGGCGGUGGUGGCGCUCGCCGGGGCGGUCGAGGUCGCGGAAGAGGCGUCCUCCUCCGCCUUGGCGGCGGGCUGCUCGUCGCGCUUGUACGAGCCAUAGUUCCCGUAGGUGCCGUAGUUGCCGUAGUCGCCGUAGCUGGCCGGGGCAGUCGUGGUGGUGGUGGUAGUAGCGGCGGCGCUCGUAGUGCUGGAGGAGCUGCUCUCGUCGCGCUUGUAGUUCUGGUAGUUGCCGUAGUUGCCGUAGUUGCCAUAGUCGCCGUAGCUGGCGGGGGCAGUGGUUGUUGGGAUAGCUUCGGAAGUAGAUGCUCCCUCCUUCUCCUCCUCGGGCUGCUCGUCGCGCUUGUACGAGCCGUAGUUGCCGUAGGUGCCGUAGUUCCCGUACUCGCCGUAGCUGGCGGGCGCGGCGGUGGUGGUGCUAGCAGCAGCAGCAGCGGAGGUGGUGGACUCCUCGUCCUCACGCUUGUAGUUCUGGUAGUUUCCAUAGUUGCCGUAGUCACCGUAGUUGCCAUAGCUGGCGGGGACGGCGGUGGUGGUGGUGGUGGUCGAGGUGCUGGAGGCAUCGGCAUCACGCUUGUAGUUCUGGUAGUUACCGUAGCUGCCAUAGUCCCCAUAGUUGCCAUAGUUGCCGUAGUUGGCCGGGGCAGUGGUGGUCGAGGCGGCCGAGGAGGUCGAAGAGGAAGCAGCAGCAGCAUCAUCCCCGUCAGCACGCUUGUAGUUCUGGUAGUUGCCAUAGGCACCGUAAUCGCCAUAGUUGCCAUAGUUGCCAUAGUUGGCGGGGGCAGUGGUGGUGGUGGUAGCAGUGGUAGCGGUCGAGGUGGCGGCCUCGGCCACCGGAGCAGCACUCACACCCAGCAUGUUGCUGCCCAGGACGAGCAGAAGGCUCUUGGAGAGAGAAUGCAUGGUGAAUGGACGUCUCAGACGGAAGAGGGGAGAGGGACAGGGACAGGAGAU